AUGUCAGACCCUGCCGUUAAUCGUGCCCGUACUGAAGGUGCUGCUGUAGUCCGCGAUCCUGACUUCUACCUUGAGAGCCUGAUAUUCAAGGCCGGAUGCACAGUGUUCAAAGUGCCGCUCUAUGUUCUGCCUAAAGAGGAAGGCAUCUUUUCUGCUAUGUUCGAUCUUCCCAAUGGAAAUGGCGAGGGACUGAAUGAGGACAACCCAGUAUGUCUUCCCGCAGAGGUGACAGCGGAAGACUUUCGCUGCUUCCUCAAGGCACGCGUCAUCAUGCCCGACAUCACACGCCCUACUAAGCUCACCAUUACCGAAUGGAUGAGUGUGAUUAAGCUGGCCAACAUGUGGUGCUUGGAAGAGCCUCGCGCUCAAGCUAUCGCGGCUGCCGACAAACUACUAUCUGCAUACCCCACGCAUACGCGCGCCGUAUGCUACAUAUCGUUCGGUAAAAAGUACCACGUGUCCCGCUGGUUAUUAAAAGGAUACGAGGCUCUCGGAACGCGCGACACAUACCUGUCCUCUCAUGAGCGCCAGACGUUGGGCGCAGAGACUUCGCUCCGUAUCUCGGAGCUGCGCGAGAUGAGCUGGGCUUGGGCGCGUAAGCAGAGACCUCCUUCGAUGAUUAUGGUCAGGCCAUACCAGCCUCUAUCACCCGCGCGCCGUCCGAUAGAAGUUGGCAUUGAGGACUGCGCAUGCAACAGCAGGGCCAAAUUUGACUUCAAGUCCAGCAUUCACACCCUGUUCGCGGACGAAUUACGUCUGGAUUCUAGUUACGCGGCCCCGGCCGUCGCCUCACCGCAACGUCCGACAUGA